GAAAAGCUUUAAUUUGAUCUUUGAACCAAGAAUUCACGAGAUUUCCCUGAAAUCAGUGGUUUGACAUUCAUCUUUCUCUGCCCCAAAAGCCACUAAACUACUCACUUUUCCCAAAAUGACUAUUGCAAAAGAGUCUUGCCACUCUCACAGACUACUUCUUGAAAAAAGACUCUAUUUUUAUGACUAUUCUUCUUUCAGUUUUUGUCACCUUGAAACCCCUUUUGUUUUGUCUUCAUUAUUCAUUCCUUUUACAUAGCUGUUUCUUGUAACUUCUAGUAAAAAAAGACUCCUUUUUUAUGACUAUUGAACUCAGUUUUUGUAUUUUUAGUAAAAAGACUCCAUUUUUAUGACUAUUGAUCUCAGUUUUUGUCACCUUGAAACCCCUUUUACCUUAAUUUGUGAACUUUAGUAAGAAAGACUCCAUUUUUAUGACUAUUCAUCUUUCUGUUUUUGUUACAAUGAAACCCCCUUUGCCUUCUCUUCAUCAUUCAUUCCUUUUUCAUAGUUGUUUCUUGUAAUAUUUUUUGGUUUCCAUGGGCUUGGAAAUUUACUUUCCUUAACUUAGUCAUGCAAAGUUUUCUGUAAUGGAAAGUUCAUUGUCUUGGUGUAUGGCUUAAUGGUUGUCUUUGUUUUUGGUUCUUGUUUGAUAGAUUCAUGAAUUUAAGAUUACCCUUUAGAACUCAUGUUUCUGAAUCAGUUCAUGCAUUUCUUGAAAUCAAAUCACACAUUCAGAAGAAAAAUCAUCUUCUGAAAGUGUGUAUUGAGUUUUGACACUUUUUUAACAAAAGUUGUGUUUUUUUUUGGGUCUUUUUUCCAUGGCUACUUGUUUUAAUCCUUUUAGGCUAAGAAGGUCUAAGAGUAAAACAUUAGAAUUGCCUUCUUCAUCUUCAAGAACUCAGUGGAAUUCAUGUGAUAUGGAAACAAUGGAUAAGAAAAGAUUUGAUAGUUUAGAGUCAUGGUCAAUGAUAUUAGAAUCUGAUAAUGUUGAAAGUUGGGAAGUUUCUAAAGAGGAUCAAGAAGAAUGGACAGCUGAUUUGUCUCAGUUGUUUAUAGGUAACAAGUUUGCUUCUGGUGCACAUAGCAGGAUUUAUAGAGGAAUUUACAAGCAAAGAGCAGUUGCUGUGAAAAUGGUGAGGAUUCCAACUCAUAAGGAGGAAACUAGAGCUAAGCUUGAACAGCAGUUCAAGUCUGAAGUUCGUCUGCUUUCGCGUUUGUACCAUCUCAACAUUGUGCAGUUUAUUGCAGCUUGUAAAAAACCUCCUGUAUACUGUAUCAUUAUGGAGUACAUGUCACAAGGAACUUUGAGGAUGUAUCUCAACAAGAAAGAGCCUUAUUCACUUUCCAUAGAAACCAUUCUGAGGUUAGCUCUCGAUAUAUCACGAGGGAUGGCGUAUCUACAUUCACAAGGGGUGAUCCAUAGAGACCUCAAAUCAAGUAAUUUACUUCUGAAUGACGAAAUGCGUGUCAAGGUUGCAGAUUUUGGGACAUCAUGUCUUGAAACACAGUGCCGGGAAGCCAAAGGAAAUAUGGGAACUUACCGUUGGAUGGCGCCAGAGAUGACUAAGGAAAAACCUUAUACUCGCAAAGUUGAUGUAUAUAGUUUUGGAAUUGUGCUUUGGGAGCUCACAACAGCUCUGUUGCCAUUUCAAGGAAUGACACCUGUGCAAGCCGCUUUUGCUGUUGCUGAGAAGAACGAACGACCACCUUUGCCAGCCAGUUGUCAACCAGCACUUGCACACCUCAUAAAACGUUGCUGGGCAGCGAACCCCUCGAAGAGGCCAGACUUCACAGACAUCGUUUCUGCUCUAGAGAAAUACGACGAAUGCAUCAAGGAAGGCCUUCCACUGACUCUCCAUUCAGGAUUAGUCAGCCGGAAUGCGAUUCUUGAACGAUUGAAAGGCUGUGUAUCCAUGAGUUCAUCUGUAAUUAUACAUGUCUGACUCUCUUUUUAACCAAACAAAUAAUUGUAAUUUGUAUUUGAUCAUCAAAGCCUUUUGGUUCUCCAAUAGGUUUAGUAAAUUACAACUUGUAUACAAAUAUUAAUGUGUAGUUAUCAAAUAUGUGAUGUUUAACAUUA